GCUGAGAUGACGACAGAAACAAGUGAGGGGGUGGAGGGAGAGAGAAGCAGAGGAGAGAGGUUCAGACUCAAAGCAUUACACUCGCUCUGUGUUCAAGCAUCUCGCGCUGAAGCCGGAGGUAUUGUGUCCCUUUCUGCAGCCUGAAGAAACACACAUCCAUAUCCCAAGAUGCAGUGGUGCAGGUGGGCCGGCAGCUGGAGAUCACACCUACCAGGACAGUCUGCAGGACCGGAGAUUGAGGAUUCCUUUGACUUUCUUUUUAAAAUCAUCCUCAUUGGGGACUCGGAUGUGGGGAAGACGUGCGUGGUUCAGAGAUUCAAAUCUGGCAUUUUCAUCGAAAAGCAGCAAAACACCAUCGGGGUCGACUUCACUGUUCGUACCUUGGACAUCGAUGGCAAGAAAAUCAAGAUGCAGGUGUGGGACACAGCCGGACAGGAGCGUUUCCGCACCAUAACUCAGAGCUACUACCGCAGCGCACAUGGGGCGAUGGUGGCCUACGACAUCAGCCGCCGCAACACGUUUGAAUCCGUCCCCCACUGGAUCAGGGAGGUGGAGCAGUACGGAGCUUCCAGCGUGGUCCUGAUACUCAUAGGUAACAAGUCAGACCUCCUGGAUCAGCGGCAGGUGUUGUUCGAGGAUGCCUGCACUCUGGCAGAAAACAACGGUGUCCUCGCUGCUCUAGAAACCUCGGCCAAGGAAGCCCAGAAUGUGGAUACAGCGUUCAACCUCAUGGCCCGGGAGCUGCUGGCACGCAACGGCAUGCCGAUGGUAGACGAGGCCUCUCAAGACCAGUCUCAGUUCAUGCUCAAUAACAGCUCUCACCCUGUCUAUGGUACUGGGUCUUCAGAUAAAAAGUGUGGGUGUUAAGCGGACUGAAGCAGGAAUGUGUAGAUUAAGACUUGUCUGAAAAAAAGAUAGUGACGGCAGCCUGAAAACUAAAUGUAUGUUUAAAACAAAAAAAGAGCAGGGAGGUUAUUUACAUGAUUUUUUAUCGGUUGUAUUGUGUGUGAAUCAAUGUAGGUUUUAUUAUUAUUUAUUUGGAUAAAAAACCUCCAUCGAAGGUUUUAAAUGGGAAAUGUAUAUGUAAUAUUCUCCUGAGGAUAACUGCUGCUGAAUGUGAUGACUUUACAAACCACACCUUUGCCAGAGGACUCUGUAAAAACACGGUUUUCUCUUGAUGUGCAGUUUUUUGUGCCUUUUUUAAUUCUCCUCUCACAAAGUUUGGCUAUUACAGUACAUUCCCAGUGUUUACCGGUUUCAACCUGUAAUUGAAGUCAAAUACCAAUCAUACAUUUGUAUAGCUGUCACUUACAAAGAUGACAAACAGCACUAUGACAUUUUGACUAGUGCUGGUGAUGUAAUUAAAUAUUUUCUCCACACAAAAAAAUACAGAAAUUCACAUAAAUCCUUCAUAAAAUUUUCACAACUAAAACUACUUGACAGAAAGAUAGCACCCUUUUCAUUGCUGUGAACUAUCUGGUUAUUGCAGAUCCUCUGUUAAAUAAAAGAUAAGGCUAAAAAAUCUAGUCUGGUGAUGUACUAAACUGAAACCUGGCGACUUAAUCUCAUCAGCAUUAGUGGUUACAUGUU